AUUUCACUGAUCUGUUGAACUUUUGCAUUUCAUACUUGAGAUGUUUUCCAGAAGUGUUUUUCUGAUUGUCCUGUUCGAUUUUAAACUAAACUGCUCAUCUCCAUGACAAGAAGAACCUAAUUUAGUUUCUGGGUUUUGUUGGGUUUAAAGCCGUUGAGAGUGUUGGACAAUGAAGAAAGGAUUGCACCCACAGAUGCAAUGGAUCUCUUAUGUAACACAGAGCGGUAGAUUGAUGCACGUGAUGAUGACAAGAAUCCACCAUGUUGGCAAAGUCUAUCACUUUGGAGCUAAGCGUCAAAUGGCUCAAAGCAUUGGUCAGAUUGCCAAGUUCAAGCGUAGGUUCAACGAGCAAGAGGCAGAAGCGGCUGAGGAGAAUAACAAUGAGACCCAGAACAAGUAGCUGCAAACAAACUCUUUUCUCUCUCCCUUACCUUUCCUCAAACACCAAUCUGAAAAAGGUUUAGAUUUUUCAUUUACUAUGAACCUUGCUUUGCUUCUCAAGAUUGAUUUUUACAGUUUUUGUGUCUCUCUGUUUCGUCAAUAAAAAAACUUAUCUUGA